CUCCAGGACAGGCGGACUCCGGAACGACGCUGACGAAAGGACAUGGAAGCAAGGUGGCGUCGAACCCUCGUCGUCCUGACGGUUUGCAUUAUGCUUUCGGUCGCUUUCGAAAUACCGGACCGUUAUAAGAAGCCGGCCAAAAUGUUGCACGAAAUCUGUGUCGCAGAAUCGGGCGCCUCGGAGGAUCUGCUGCGCCAGUGCCUGGACGGAACGGUACACGACGAUCCGGCGGUCAAAUGCUACAUCCACUGUCUCUUUGACAAGAUCGACGUGAUCGAUGAGGACACGGGCCGGAUCUGGUUGGAACGGAUGCUGUAUAUCCUACCGGAUGACGUGCGGGAUGCGGCCAUGCAUUUGACGCGCGAAUGUGGCCACAUCGUUACCCCGGACAAGUGCGACACCGCGUACGAAACGGUCAAAUGCUACUUCAGGGCGCACGAUGAGGUGAUUAAAUUUUGCCACCUCUUGAUGCAGGACUAG